AUGUUUAUUCGAAACCGACCAAUUGGAAACAAAUGUUUUUUUUUCUCCCUUUUCCUCUCUUUAUUGCUAGCUCCAUUAUUUUUCUUGGCUCACUUUCAUUGUUUUCUUUCAUUAUUAUAUUUUUCGAUCUUUUUUUUUUAUUUUCUUUCUUUCACGCUUCAUCUCAUAUUUUUUAAAAUGUCCUUUGUUUUAGUCGUUCUAAUUUUUGUUCCUUUCUUUCUUCUUUUCUUUCUUUCUUUCCUUUUAUUUCUGUUUUUAUCAAUUUGUUUGCCUCAUUCACUUAUAUUCUUUCCCCGUUAUUUUCUUUUCUGUAUGCCUGACGUCUUUCAUUUUUCUUUCUAUUUAAUUCUUACUUUCGUUUCCUUCUUUUUAGUCUCUCUUCCCAAAGAUUAUACUUCCUUUAUUUUUCCAUGUUUCCUUUUAUUCUACAUUCUCUUUACACUUUCUUUGUUUUUCUUUCUUUCUUUUUUUGUAUCUAUUUAUUUUUUUUCUUUAUUAUUUUUUAAUGUUUUUUUCUUUUCUGUCGUUAGUCGCCAUUUUACAUUAUUUUUCCUUUUUCGACAUUUUUUUCUUUCUCUUUUUUCUUUUAUUUCAUUUCAGUUUUUCCUGUCUUUUCUUCCUUUGUUUUUCUUUCUUCGUCAUUUCUUGAUUAUUUACUUUAAUUUUAAUCCACCUUUUUCGUUUCCUCUUGGAAUUUAUUCUUACAAAAGUUUUCUUUCUGAUUUUUGA